AUGGAUACUGCUGACGCCACUCGCGGACUUCUCAACAAUCGGGAACUGGUUGGAUCUAGUCUUUAUGUGAGGAACGAUGAUCCAGAAGCUAAUCGAGAAAGAUUUCUUCGAUUCUUGGGCCUCCUUUUGUUGUUGCUCGGCAUGACAGAGUACGUCUUUGGCAUCAUGGUUCACUCGCCGAUGCUCAGUAUUCAAUUUGCCGGAUCAGUUUUAGCUGUCGCGAGUGCUCUUGAGCUGACUCACUACCCAAAUGUGAGAUACUUGCAAAGCCAUCAAGCCAUCAACCUUCUUUUCAGAACAUUCGGCACCAUCUUCUACAUCGCCUGCAUGUUCCUCAAUCUGACUCAUUGUUUGGAGGAUAUUAGUGACAUCAAAAGCUCGGAGCAUUCUCACGACGUGAACGAAACUGAAAACUCUGCACACUCUCACGGACCUGAUUUAGCAGUAAACGUCUUCUACAUCACCAUCGCCGACGUUAUUGUCAAGUCAGUUUUCACUCUGGUCUACAACCCAUUGUCAAUUCAUUUUAUUGGAAACUUCGUAGUCCUUGUUUCGCCCCCAGCCAUCGCCAUUGCACUGUACUUUUACAACAAAUUAGAACUUCACUUUUUCUUCGAUUGGCUCGACCAUCAUUUGGAGCCAGUGACUGCGAUCGCUUUGACGUUGAUUUGCAUCGUAAUCGCCGUUUUUUCUUUGCAUCGCAAGAAGCAAUACUUGUUGGCAGAAGGACCGAAAAAUUUCAAAAUCGACGAGAUUAGUGAAUCGGUAAAGACAAAGAACUCGAGUUUGGACAAAGUUGAUCAUGUGCAUGCAAGUUGUGUCUGGCCAGAUGGUUUCACAGUUUCGUUGAAAGCUUAUAUAAAGGUUGAGAAGAACAACAAGAACUGGGUCGCACAAGCUGCUGAUGACUUCUUGAAUCUCAAAAGUCUUCUUCACACCGAGAUCAAAGCCAAGGGUGCUAAGGAUGUUAUUGUCGAGCCAGUUUUUGUGGAUCAAAACGAGCUCAACCCCGCUUCCGAUCCGAUUUGCAUUUCAACCAGUUGUCACAAUGAAGACGUAGGUUGCUGUACAAUUCCAAAGACUGCUGACAAAGCCUAA